GUUUCGUUUGUGGGCAUUUUGACGAACGGCUAUGGGCUGUACCUGGUGUACAAGCGUAGUGUGCUACACGGUCCGUACGGUCUGCUGUGUGCCGCGAUGGCCGCUUCGAAUCUGCUGGUGGAAAUCGUUUUUGCGACGUAUUGCACCGUUGAGAAAAUACAGGGAGUGCCGCACGUGAACAAGUUUAAUCUGGUGAUCGGCUACACAGUGGACUCGUGUUACUAUUCAGCGAUAUUAGUACACUUCUUUAUGUCGUCGAAUCGAUUAAUGGCCAUUUCAUUUCCGACGAAAUAUCAGAGGUUAUUUACGACGAGGAGAACGGUGGGUAUUAUUGGCGGGNUGUUCUUCUUUUAUGGUGAUAGCGGACUGCAGUUCUACGGAAAUUUGGGAUUGUGGUUGUAUGGAAACACGCGGUAUGGAUAUUACUUCUCGAAGUACGUUGAUUUGUAUGCGAUGUCUGCGGUGGUCGUGUGUGCGUUCGGUAUGGACUGCUGGAGUUUGCGGGAGGUGAAGAUUAUUAAUAAGGUUAUUUUAUUAUUAUUAUUAUUUAUUAUUAGUUAG